AAUCGGAAGCGCCGUUGUUAGUUGUCGCGAAGAGGCGGCCGGGAGGGAGGAAGGUGGCAAGAUGGUGCUGGAGAGCACUAUGGUCUGUGUGGACAACAGUGAGUACAUGCGCAAUGGGGACUUCCUGCCCACCCGGCUGCAGGCCCAGCAGGAUGCCGUCAACAUAGUUUGUCACUCCAAGACCCGCAGUAACCCUGAGAACAACGUGGGCCUCAUCACACUGGCUAAUGACUGCGAAGUGCUGACCACACUCACCCCCGACACCGGCCGCAUCCUGUCCAAGCUGCACACUGUCCAGCCCAAGGGCAAGAUCACCUUCUGCACUGGCAUCCGCGUGGCCCAUCUGGCCCUGAAGCACCGGCAGGGCAAGAACCACAAGAUGCGCAUCGUGGCCUUCGUGGGCAGCCCCGUGGAGGACAACGAGAAGGACCUGGUGAAGCUGGCGAAGCGCCUCAAGAAGGAGAAGGUGAAUGUGGACAUUAUCAACUUCGGAGAGGAGGAGGUGAACACGGAGAAGCUGACGGCCUUCGUGAACACGCUGAAUGGCAAGGAUGGGACGGGCUCGCACCUGGUGACGGUGCCCCCUGGGCCCAGCCUGGCCGAUGCCCUCAUCAGCUCUCCCAUUCUGGCUGGUGAAGGCGGUGCCAUGUUGGGUCUUGGCGCCAGUGACUUUGAGUUUGGAGUGGACCCCAGCGCGGACCCAGAGCUGGCCCUGGCUCUCCGCGUUUCCAUGGAAGAGCAAAGGCAGCGGCAGGAGGAGGAAGCGCGGCGGGCAGCAGCAGCCUCCGCAGCCGAGGCGGGCAUCCCUACCCCCGGGACUGAAGGUGAAAGAGACUCGGACGACGCACUGCUGAAGAUGACCAUCAGCCAGCAGGAGUUUGGCCGCGCCGGGCUCCCCGACCUCAGCAGCAUGACGGAAGAGGAGCAGAUCGCUUACGCCAUGCAGAUGUCCUUGCAGGGCGUAGAGUUUGGCCAGGCAGAGUCAGCCGACGCCGACGCCAGUUCCGCCAUGGACACGUCUGAGCCAGCCAAGGAGGAGGAUGACUAUGAUGUGAUGCAGGACCCCGAGUUCCUUCAGAGUGUCCUGGAGAACCUUCCGGGCGUGGAUCCCAAUAAUGAGGCCAUUCGAAAUGCCAUGGGCUCCUUGGCCUCCCAGGCCACCAAGGAAGGCAAGAAGGACAAGAAGGAGGAGGACAAGAAGUGAGACUGGAGGGCUCUGUGGUCGAGCCAGCUCUGGGGUGCACAGGGUGGGCGGGUGUAGGGUCAGACCCUUAAGCCUGAAUAAAGCUUGGUGACUUUUCUCUUCUGCUCCAUGUGG